AAGGUUGAUUGGAUGUCAGAAUUGUGCCUUUGGUUGUUCCAAACUCUUUAAAUGGAGGCCUGUUGCUACAGUAUACAGAAGAGGUGGCGACAGACAAGGUGGCGGAAAAGCUGAGCUCUACUCUCUCAUGGGUGAAGAACACAGUCUCGCACACAGUCAGUCAGAUGGCCAGUCAGGUGGCCAGUCCAUCUGCGUCAUUGCACACGACAUCCUCAUCCACCACACUGUCAACUCCAGCGCUUUCCCCGGCCUCCCCAUCAAAGUUGAGUCCAGACGACUUAGAACUCCUGGCUAAGCUGGAGGAACAAAAUCGAUUGAUAGAGACUGAUAGUAAGUCUUUAAGAUCUGUGAAUGGGUCAAGAAGAAACAGUGGCUCUUCUCUUGUAUCAAGUUCCUCUGCCUCCAGCAACCUCAGCCACCUGGAAGAAGACUCCUGGAUUCUUUGGGGAAGGAUUGUGAAUGAAUGGGAUGAUGCACGGAAGAAGAAAGAGAAGCAAGUGAAGGAGCUUGUUCGUAAAGGGAUACCCCACCACUUCAGAGCAAUAGUGUGGCAGCUUUUGUGUAAUGCACAGAGUAUGUCAAUUAAGGACCAGUAUUCAGAACUCCUGAAAAUGACUUCACCUUGUGAAAAAUUGAUCCGAAGAGACAUUGCUAGAACUUACCCAGAACACAACUUUUUUAAGGAAAAAGACAGCCUGGGACAGGAGGUUUUAUUUAAUGUGAUGAAGGCCUACUCCUUGGUGGAUCGUGAGGUUGGCUACUGUCAAGGCAGUGCUUUCAUAGUGGGCUUGUUGCUUAUGCAGAUGCCAGAAGAAGAAGCUUUUUGUGUGUUUGUUAAAUUAAUGCAAGACUACAGACUUCGUGAACUCUUUAAACCAAGCAUGGCAGAACUGGGCCUUUGUAUGUACCAGUUUGAGUGCAUGAUACAGGAGCAUCUUCCAGAGCUCUUCGUGCAUUUUCAGUCGCAGAGUUUCCACACAUCAAUGUAUGCGUCAUCCUGGUUUCUGACUAUCUUUCUUACAACUUUCCCAUUACCAAUCGCAACAAGGAUAUUUGAUAUCUUUAUGUCUGAGGGUUUAGAAAUAGUGUUUCGAGUCGGAGUAGCACUUCUUCAAAUGAAUCAGACAGAAUUAAUGCAGCUUGACAUGGAAGGAAUGUUGCAGCAUUUUCAGAAGGUCGUUCCACAUCAGUUUGACGGUGGCCCGGACAAAUUGAUCCAGUUAGCUUACCAAGUCAAAUACAACUCAAAAAAAAUGAAAAAACUUGAAAAAGAAUAUACUACGAUAAAGACAAAAGAGAUGGAGGAGCAAGUGGAAAUUAAAAGGCUACGCACAGAAAAUAGGCUUUUAAAACAACGCAUUGAAACAUUAGAAAAAGAAAGUGCUUCCUUGGCAGAUAGAUUGAUACAGGGACAAGUGACAAGAGCCCAGGAGGCUGAGGAAAACUACCUCAUAAAACGGGAGUUGGCCAGCAUCAGACAGCAGAGUGAUGAGGCCAGCGCUAAGCUGGAGCAGGCUGAAAGCACCAUCAGGGAGCUCCGGCACCGGCACCACUGGCAUAAAUGCAGCUCCUCCUACAAUGAAGAUUUCGUGCUGCAGCUGGAGAAGGAGUUGGUCCAAGCCAGGCUGAGUGAGGCUGAGUCUCAGUGUGCGCUGAAGGAGAUGCAGGACAAAGUGCUGGACAUAGAGAAGAAGAACAACUCAUUCCCUGAUGAGAACAACAUCGCAAGGCUUCAGGAGGAGCUCAUUGCCGUGAAGCUGAGAGAAGCGGAAGCCAUUAUGGGUUUGAAAGAACUUCGGCAGCAGGUCAGAGAUCUAGAAGAACACUGGCAGCGUCAUUUAGCUCGAACUUCUGGACGAUGGAAAGACCCGCCCAAGAAGAACACUGUGAAUGAGUUACAGGAAGAGCUGAUGAGCAUCCGCCUCAGAGAAGCAGAGACCCAGGCGGAAAUAAGAGAAAUGAAGCAGAGGAUGAUGGAAAUGGAAACGCAGAACCAGAUCAAUAGUAACCAACUUCGAAGAGCAGAACAAGAGGUCACCAGUCUGCAGGAGAAGGUGCAUUCUCUUUCUGCGAAGAACAAAGGGUUGCUUACCCAGUUAAGUGAGGCAAAGCGCAGACAGGCAGAGAUUGAAUGCAAGAACAAGGAGGAAGUCAUGGCUGUGAGGCUCCGGGAAGCUGACAGCAUAGCCGCUGUGGCUGAGCUGAGGCAGCAGAUUGCUGAGCUUGAAAUCCAGAAAGAAGAGGGCAAGCUCCAAGGGCAGCUUAGCAGGGCUGACUCCAGCCAGUGCAUUCGGGAACUGAAGGAUCAGAUAGCAGAGCUGACUCAUGAGCUCAGGUGCCUAAAAGGCCAGAGGAACUUCUCCAGCCAACCACCUUUUGAUGGAAUCCACAUCGUCAACCAUUUGAUAGGAGAGGAUGAGUCCUUCCCCUCCUCAGACGAAGAGUUCAUGGAUGGUUCCUUACAGGAAAGUGGUCUUGUGUUUCCUUUGCAUGGAAAGUCUGGCUCCGUGUCUCUGGAUCCGGCUUUGGCAGACGGCAGCGAGAGCGAUGCAGAAGACGGCGUGCUGGGAGCACAGCCCAGGGACCACGGAGUUCCAGAGGGGCAGCCCCCACAGAGAGAGCCCUACUCCACUACUGUCUGACCAUCACUGUGACAGCCUGAGCCGAGAUCGGGGCCCACCCUCUGUCCUGUGUGUGUGUAUGUAUAUAUAUGUCUGUUUUUUACAGCCUCACAUGACUGCCAAAUGUUCACUGAAUUUCCAUUGCCAUAGUAGACUGGAGUAUGCUAAUUGGUAAAUGGAGUUCUAACAGUAUUACAGAAUAUUAACUUUUCAUAUUUAGAAAAUACUGCUAUGUCUAAAUGUAAGAACCAUUGUAAAAUUCAGAACUGUGGGAAAUUGGAUUUUCUUUAAACAAAACUGCUCUUGUGCAAUAUUCUAUCCUCACUGAUCACACUGCACAAUGGUGUUCCUCAUUCUGUCUCCAAGGUGGCUCCUCUAGACAUCCAGCCAAAACAGAGAUCAUUUAACUUGUGUUUUGAGGAUAUUUUUUUUCACUAAAAUUGCAGCUCUGUCACUGAACAUUGUCAAACAACUUUUUUCUGUAUAAUUUCUAAACACAAAGUAAUUGUCGUCUGUUCUGAAAGGUUUUUUGUUUCAGUUUCUACGUGUUAUGUGUAUCAUACUUCUGUGUGUCGGAAUAGUAGCAGGCUAGCUGCAGAUAUAUUACUUGUACAUACUUAUAAGUCUGUAUCGCCCAGCAUCGGACAUCCUCUUACACGAGGAGCAAACGUUGACAGUGACCAUUGCCAGCAUUCUAACAGGACUUCUGUAAAUAGCAGGGUAAAGAAACUAAACACGGACCAGACACUACUGUUGGAGCAGCUGUGGCAGCCUGUACUCAGCAGACUCCUGACUGCUCGCUGUUCAAACACUACUGGUGAAGUCCUUGACUCCAUCCGUGACUAAUAAACUUUGCGAUCAAAGAGGUUAUAGCACAUGCUAGUUCAUGCUAAUCUAUUUAAUGUAAUUUAGCACUAGAAUAAGUUCCAAGAUGCACAACAAAUAUAUCUGGAGGGAGGGGAAUCUAUGAGUAUUUAAAUUCUCUAGUUUCUAAUUGACAGGUAAAGCCAUAAGAACCCUUUCUUCCUAGUUGUUUCUUUGUAUUAUUUAGACUUUUUCUCUAGAAAACUGAACGCUUGUUAUUUGUAAAUUGAGAAACGAUACUCACCUGUGGAGAGGCUGCCGGCCUGUGUUGACUGGAUGUUUUCCACCCUCAGUUUUUAGUAGCCUGAGCCAUAGAGGAAGAUCGAAUGUAGUGUGUUUGGAAGUACAUUUUUGCACAGAGUGUUACAUAUGCAAAGAAAAAUGUUUUAUAAAAUGGAGUAGAAGAAACAAGUAGUUUACUUUCUGAAACUAUAUAAUGCCUUAUGCUGCAUCGUGGGCUAGGCUUUCCCAGCAAGGGUGUCUUAGCUGCUCUCUUGCCUAACAGACGGGAUUGAAAACAUACCUUCUGUUUCAAGAGCACCCACUAAAUUUUAGUAUUUAAUUUACCUGUAAUUACAAGCUAGUUAUUUAACAGAGCUAAAAUAUUAAUUCGGAUCUCUCUCGACUUCUAGAGGUCUAGCAAAAAGUUUUUCAGUUCCCUCUCUCUGGCAGUUUACAUCAAUAAUUUUCAUUUCAGUCUGUUUCCUAAGUAUCUCUUGGGUGUUCAUCGGCACCAGUAGUCAAGUCUCUCGGUGAAAAUGCGUAACAGCACCGGCAGAGGAUGGCUCGUUCUUUAGGGCUCUGCUGUGGUCCUGUACUGUUAGCCCAAGAGGCCAUCAAUAGCCCAGUGACGUAAGAGGAGUUAUAGCCCUGCUUUUUAUCUAGACCCCCCCUCAUCAAGAAACCUCAGUGGAACUAGAGGUGUAGUUGGAAGUUAGAGUGUUUACCUAAAAUGCCCAAGACCCUGUGUUCAGUUCCAAGCCCCACCCAAAGACGGAAAAGCUCAGAAAAUUUCCUAGUAUUCUCUCUAGUUUAGAACUAGGAGUAAAAGAACCCUGGUCAUUAAACCUUAAUUCAUUAAUGCUCUUGUGAUUUGCACAGUGGAAAAUUAGAAGCAACAUCCUCUCCAGAGCUUUGAGUCAAGCCAGGUACAGUGGUGCACAUCUGUAGUCCCAGCUACUGGGGACUGGCCUGGGGAACACAGUAAGAUGUUAUCUCAAAAAAAAAUUUUUUUAAGUUCAUAUAUGCCUUAGAUAUAAACCUUCCUGGGUUUUAGGGUCCAGUAGGGUAAUGCGCCCUGAUCCGGCUCCAUUUUGUUCAGAUUAAUGUAAGUAUAUUGUUCAAGACUUUGAAGCAUUAGACUGUGUCCCUACUGAUGAACUGUUUGUCUUGAUGAAUUGAAAGACGUUUUGUGGGAACAAAUGGGAUGACAGAUGAUGGGAAACCUUGCUCUCUUGGGACAGUGGCCUUCCUGCUGCCCUUUUCCCCACUGCUGAGGACGGAGUCCCGGGCCUUACACAUGUGGGCAAGCUCUCUACCCCUGAGCCACAGCCGGGUCUGACGUCUUCAAAAUCAGCAUAUACAUUUUCUUUAUGGAAAAUGAGACCAAAGAUUUUGUUUGACACAACUUCUACUCUGGUUCUUGUUUGGAUUGUUUGUUUUGGUUCGUCUUUAUUUUGCUUGGCCAGUUGGCAGCCACUCAGCACUUGCUGAUUGAAACAUCAUAUUCCAGCUAACUGGCUAUUUAUGUUGAAGAAACAACCUUUCCCAGCCCUGAGCACGAUGCAGCUUGUUAAUUUCCAGGCAGUGCCUUUGACUGAAAAUAAUGUCUGCUGCUUUUGAAGAAUAUUAUUCCUGGCAUCAGAAGAGGUAAUUUGGUUCCUCAUUCAUUGUUUGCAUAAUGCACUAUAAUAUUCAAAUUUUUAAAAAUUAAGGAUAUCAAUUAUGUUUUGUUAAGCUUCUCAUGGCAAGUGUGGCUAUUACAUAGCACCAAGACAUCCAUGACCAACAUUUGUAGAAUUAAUUUCCUUACUAAAUAAUGAGUUUUAGCCUGAGAGUUUUUGCUGCUCUAGAUUAACAAACAAUUAUAAUUUAAAAUUAAUUUCUUUUUAAUUCUAAAAUUAAUUAAAAUUUCUGGUUGAAAGUAGGGUAUAUGCUAUUUAAAAUCCAGAUUUUUACAGCACAUCCAUAGAUCUGUGUAGCUCUUCGCUUCAGAGAAGAGACAGUAAUACCUUGGACAUGCAGAGUCAUAAAUGCACUUCAUUGUACCGUUGGGUUUUUUUUAUUGUAACACUGUAUGAUGAUAACCUAAUGUUUACUUGUGCCUUUGCUUUAAAUAAUUAAAAUUUCUCAUUUUGCAAGA